AUGGAUAAUUUGUCCCCGGCGCACAGCCACAGCAGCCACAGCGCCCCCUCGAGUACAGGCACGACAACAGCGACGUCCACCAGUUCGUCGACGGCCCGCCCGGCCAAACGCAUCCGCCUCAACCUCGCGUGCAACAACUGCCGGCGGCGCAAAGUCAAGUGCGACACCGAGCAGCCCAAGUGCCGCAAUUGCUGGCUGCGCGACGAGGAGUGCCUCACAACGGACCCGCGGUACACGCCCUCCAGUGGCAAUGGAGAUGGAGGACCCAAUGGGAACGGCGACGAACGCGGACGGCCGCAGAUCCGGCGCUGGGCGACGCCAAAUGGCCUGAUGCCGGGGCAGAAUCCGGCCGCCACGCAUCGCAACCACGCAUAUGUGGCCAAACAUGGGCCGGUGACACAGACGACUGUACAAACGCACGCACCUGCAUACCCACCGCCCCCGCCGGAAACGCCUCCCACCCAACACCAUGCAUCGCCUCCGCGACCAAGACGGCCGUCGACGAUUGUUGUCGGCGCAUCGACACCGGCGGCGUCACCUCCUCCAAUCUCCUGGGUGUCGCGGAGCUACCAGUACUCCGAGACCGCCGAGGCGCAGGCAGAGGCGGGCAGAGGCGGCGAUGGAGUCAGCAGCGCCAACGGCCCCACGAGCCACACCGACAACGACAACGCCCACGACAGUGUCCACGCUACGGGACCCACGACCGUUGCGACCACCAGCAGCUACGACGCUGACGUCGUGGUCAACACCGACGACGCGGCGCCGCACCGCGUCAAGUACAUGGGCGGCAGCAGCCUGCAGUGUCUGGCCGGGUUUGUCGACAUUUUUCUGCGGCGCAAGCGGCUGCCGCUGGUGUCGACGGCGUUUACGAGCGGCAUGCGGCACGCCGAGGAGUUUUCGCUGCCCCUCGUGGCGGCGGUGCCCCGGCUGCCCCCGGCGGGUGCCUGCCGCGCAUCGUUGGACGUUUUUUUCGACCGCGUGUGGCCGCUCUAUCCGGUCGUGGACCGCGCGACCGUCGAGCAGGACCUGCGGCACGUGGGCGGGCUGGAGCAGACACUGCCGGACGGGGCCAGCUUGCUGUCUGUCCUCGCGCACGACGACGUGCCCGGCCUCGUCGUGCUGCUCGCCGUGCUCGCCAUCGGCGCCGGCGAGGGCGAGGGGGGCGGCUCGCUCGACGACACAGAGUCGGGCUUGGUGUACAUCACGGCCGGCUUUGGGCUGGUGGCCCAUCUCAUUGCGCGGCCGUAUCUGCGCAGCGUCCAGUCCAUGCUGCUGCUCGCCGUCGCGCUGCGGUUGCGCGCCCGCGACGGCCAGGCAUGGUAUCUGGUCGGCCAGGCUGUGCGCGUGGCUCACUCCAUCGGGCUGCACCGACAGGUUGGCGCCGAUGCCGCCUCCCGCAGCGCCGAACCCGAACCCGAACCCGAACCCGGACCCACGCUCCAGAGCCGCGUCUGGUGGUCCCUGUAUGCCCUCGAAAAGCUCAUGGAACUGGAAACGGGACGGCCGUCGGCCAUUCCCAACGACGAGCCACUGCCUCCACUGCCUCUGCUGCAGCCCACCCCCACCGCCGACCCUGCGUCUAUCUUCACACCGUGGGUGGCGCUGUCCACGAUCCUCGGCCAGAUCAGCCGCCGUCUGUACGUCCAGAAACCGGCGAGCGCCGUCGUCCUGCUGACCGAGAUUGCCCAGCUCGACGAGCAGCUGCAGGCGUGGUCCGCGGGCUUGCCGGAGCCGCUGAAGCCGGGAUACGAUGUGUCUCUGUCUGUGUCAUCGCCGUCGACGGCGGUUUUCACCACCUAUUUGGCCCUCCACUUCUACCUGGCCCAGAUGGCCGUGCUGCGGGCCGCCAUUGUCUUUCCCACGCGGUCUUUUGCGGCGGAAGUGGAGCGCGCCUUUCCCGAGGGCGCGCCGACUACGACACCGACACCGACACAGACACCCAUCCGAAACAAGCAUCGCCUGUUGCAGGCGGAAAGUCUGUGCACCGCGGCGGCGCGGUCCACGAUCCACCGCGUGCUGGACCUCGCCGACAGCGUGGCCGCGUCGGCGUCGUCCCACAUCAUAUCGCCCACGCUGACGUUCCAGGCGGCCGUCGUGUUGGCGCUGCACAUCCUGCGCGCGCCGGGCAAGCGGCUCGUCCGUGCCGACUGUGAGCUGCUGGCCUCGGCCACGCUCCAUCUCGAGACCCAGUAUUGUGGCGCGGGGCAGCAUCCGGGCUUCGUUCGCAUCCUGGAGACACUGCGCACCAGCGUCGCCGCUGCUGCGGAAAAACACACAGUCACACCGCCGGCGCCGUCCGCUGGGCCCGCAACAGUCGCGUCGACGCCGAACAGACGGGAGAGUGGCGUUGUGGCCCCUGUGACGACCAAUCUUCCUCCGACCGGCCAGGACAAUGACGCUCCUGCUGUGCCCGGCAUGGACAUGGCAUUUUUCGAUCUCGACGGGGACGGUAUGGGCCACCUCGAAGCUUUCUGGAAUGCCAUGGGACCGGUCAACUUUUUAGAUCCAGGAUUGGACAGUGCCUAA